AUGCAGGCACCAAUCCCAAUUGCACAGGCCCCUGGCCGUCUGGAUUCCUUCAGCUUCCAACGUCCUGGGGGUCUCACACCACGCGCUUCGUCCAGCUUUGUCGGCAGCGCAAGCUACAAGGAGCCUAUGGCCGUCUCGUUUGGCAAAGACGUCUCAGAGAUCAUGGAUUACUCCAUCUCAAGAUUUGGCACGUCCACCGAGUCCGAUGCCACAGUCGCGCCUUCCUCCGUGAGGCUCGAGUCCACUUUCUGCCGCAACUUCACAUGCUGUGGCCAGAAGCUCGAUGACCUCCACGACCUUCUCCAGCACUACGAGGAGUGCCACGUGCGUUUCGAGGACGACGAGAUGCCCGCCAUGAUUGCCGAUGACGAGGUUGAGUCCUCGGGGUCUUCCAAUGCUUCCACAUCCCAACCCUCCAGCCCACGCACCUCAAAUGCGGGCUCCACCUCCUCAGCCGCCGCCACCGCCACGGCUGCCACCACUCCUGGCGCCACCACCUCCGCCAUCACCACCGACUUGAACGUCACAACGCCAACGGGUCUCGAUGACACUGACAAGGCCUCGGCAUUUGACACGGCAGUGAUGCGCUCGCCAUCGCUCGCCAAGGGCAAGAAGCGUUCGUUUGGCCAAUACUCAAACGCUUCUUCGUCGAAUCCCAACGGCGCCAUCCACCAGUCGUUGAGGAGAGCCCUCAUCGAUGGCGGUGUGGGUCGCAGAGCACCUGGCACGCCAAACAUCUAUGCGCCCAAUUCGCCCUUCUCGACACCGGGCAGCUCCGUCCCAGGCACUCCUUGCCUCGACUCGGAGAGCGACGGCUACUUCAGCAGCGGCCUCAACCCUGCCGCCUUCUCGGCGCUUUCCAUCCGCUCGAGCAACGCCGACGAGCACCACCUUCCCUCGUGUGCACCUCCCAAUCUCUUCUUCCCGGCGUCGGGCACGGCCUCGUCGUCGCAGCCCCCAGCCAAGCGCGAGAAGACGAGCGCGGUCACCAACGCUUCUACGAUCGCGCUCGAGAACGCUCUUCGCGCCGGCGCCGCCAACAUCGACAAGCCGUACAAGUGCCCGGCACCUGGCUGCGACAAGGCUUACAAGCAGAUGAACGGCCUCAAGUACCACCGUCUCCACGGCGCUUGCAACCAGAACAACCUACCCAUCACCGCACAGGCAGCUGCUCAGCCACCAACCAUCCACAUCACCACCAACUCCACUACGGGAUCGCCGCAACCCGAGUCGGCGGAUGGUAUCAAGAUCGAGGAGGGCACGGCAACCCCUUCGUUGAGCUCGCCUUCGUCGCCCACGGCCAGCGCCAACUCGUCGCCGGAUCCGGCUAGCCCUGCUACCCAGGCGCCGAUCCCGUUGGGUGAUCGCCUGUACAUCUGCCAAGUCGGUGCAUGUGGCAAGCGCUACAAGAACCUCAACGGCUUGCGAUACCACUACCUUCACUCUGGCUCACACGGCUUGCUCGGUCUUCAGCUCCUCCAAUCUGGCGGAGGUGCCAGCGCCAAAGUCGAUGCUACGGGCCGUGCUCCUGUCAGCACGAGCACGCUCAGCCAGGAGGAGAUUGCUGCCGCUGCCCAAGCCGCGCAACUGGCUCAGGAGCAGAUCCAGGCACAGGCGGCCAAGAGUGCUGCUGCCACGGCUGCUGCCGCUGCCGCCGCUGCUGCUCGCAAGGAGGAGAACGAGCGCCAAACACCAACGCUCAUCACACCACCUUCUGGCUUGACCCAGGCGCUUCAACAGCAGCAGCAGCAGCAGCAGCAGCAGCAGCAACAACAACAACAACAACAACAACAACAGCAGGAUUCGUCAAUGUCGCCACCAGUCGCUGGCUUGUAG